AACUAAUUCAACAUGGCAACGUUACCGCCCAGGAAAAAUCCCACACCAACGAAAAUUUUAAAACAACAUAUUUCGCCUUUACAGAUUUUAUUGCAGAUGGGUUUUCCGAAACAUAGAGCGGAGAAGGCUCUGGCGGCAACAGGCAAUAGAAGUGUGCAGCUUGCUUCAGACUGGCUUUUGGCGCACGUGAACGACCCCACCCUGGAAGACUGUGCUCCGAGGGAGUACAUACUGUAUGCCUGCCCCGUCGGUCCACUGCUGGAACAGCUGCAGGCGUUCUGGGAGCAGUCGCUGGCGCAGUGCGGCUGGAACGGUGCUCACAAUUUCAUGCCCCACAUAACGCUUGUGUCUUUCUUUAAGGCGCCGGAUGACUGCUCCCUUCAGCUCGCACGCACGUUGAAGCGUGUUGCAGAGCUUCAGAGGGUGGCGGACCUGCAGGGACCGCUCAGACUGGAGACGUAUGUGUCGCAGAACUUCAUGGGCCUGUUCGUGGCAGAGGAGCACGCAGAGAUGCUCAAGAGGGUCGCCUUGCAGUACGUCAAGGAGGUCUCCAAUGCCAUUAUUAAUGACAAUUACGAGCACUUGGACGCACUAACCGCGUGCUUUCCAUGGUGCACCACGGCCACGGAGCGCUACGUCCCCCAGGGAGUGAAAUCAAUCAGCCUGGAGCCACACGUCAAAUCGCUGCACGUAACGCUGGCCUACCAGUUCCCGAGUGCGCACUUCCCUGCGCUCAAGGCCCUGGCGGAGCAGCUGCGACUGGACGCGCCUGGCGCGUGGGAGCUGAGGCUGUACUCGCGUGACGUACGCCUCGCCAACAAACAGGUGCACAAGGUGCUGUACGCGUACACGCCUCGGGAGUCGGACGAGCUGGAGCUGCGGACGGGCGACUACAUCUACAUCAGCGCAGAUGCCCUGGUCGACUCCCUCGACGGCUGGGUGGAGGGAACCUCCUGGCUCACAGGUUGCAAUGGCUACCUCCCAGCCAACUACACAGAGAGAACUGCCGAGUCUGAUGCCUGGACGCUUCACCGCACGGUGAAGCUAACCGAGCUGGAGGGCUGUGAGGAAGCCGCGUCUCCCGUGUCGGGUCAGCAGAACCAGCCGUCCGUGGGUUUGGGCGACGUGCUCGACAGUUGCAAGCCCUCCGAUGCCACCAGCGACUCCAGCGAUGAGAAGGCAGUAGGUAAGGGCGAGGACCUGGCGGCACCCGCCCCAGUUCGUGGUCCCCGCCACAUCUUCGUCAUCCGGCAUGGAGAGCGAGUCGACUUCACGUUCGGGACUUGGAUCCCAUAUUGCUUCGACGAAGCAGCCCAGUACGUGCGGAAGGACCUGAACAUGCCACGCACGGUGCCGAAGAGGAGCACCGGGCCUCAAGGGUUCUUCAAGGACUGCCCGCUGACGAACGUGGGCGUCCUGCAGGCGACGCUCACCGGCGAGGCCAUGCGGGAGGCGGGAAUCGUGAUCCACCAUGCCUUCAGUUCCCCGUCGCUGCGCUGUGUGCAGACCUGCGCAGGCGUGCUUGCAGGCCUGGGCCAGCUGGAAGGGGUGCCCAUCGCGAUCGAGCCGGGGCUGUUCGAGUGGCUGGCGUGGUACCCGGACUCGCUGCCCGACUGGAUGACGCUGGAUGAGCUGCAGCGGGCGGGUUACAACGUUCUGGCCGACUAUGAGCCGCUCGUUCGUGCAGAGGAGCUGCUGGACCGGCGAGAGAGCUCCGAGCAGUUCUAUGCCAGGAGCUACUACGUGGCACAGGGCGUCGUCAAAAGCUCCAAUGAUGUGGGGGGCAACGUGCUGUUGGUGGGGCAUGCCGCCACGCUGGAGGUGUGCACGAGGCAGCUGGUGGGCUCGGCGCCGCGCUCCGGCCAGGACAUGACUCGCCUCAUCCAGAGGAUCCCCUACUGCAGCCUGGCAGCCGUGCGGGAGACACCCGAUCACAAGUGGGAGCUGCGGGAGCCUCCCUUCCCGCCCGUCACUCACUCCAACAACACACGCUUCGACUGGAAGGUGCUGCUGGCCUAGUGGGCCCGGCCUCCCUCCCUCCCUCCCUUCCAACCUUGUGCACCUGCCUGGACCUCUUGCUGCUGUAGAGCUGAACGUGUCCACAGAUUGAGUCGAGUCCAGCGUGAGUGGUUGCAGAAGUUAUUUAUUUAGGUGUAACUAAAAGGAGUAUUAAAAUGGAUUACUAUACUACUACGUCAGGGGUCGGCAGGCCACGGCUAGCGAGCUGCAUGCGGCUCUUUUCAUAGGAUGUUACGGCUGUAAACUCACUGUGCUGCCACAGCACAAAAAAAAAAGCUCAACAAAAUCAAACGACACAACCACAACGCAUGUCCUCAACCUGCGCGCUCACACCUACCUUUGCACCACCUAGGGGCGUUUUUAUAUUAGUAUUAAUUAUUAAUUAAAAUAAUUCAAAUUUUUUGUAUUAUCAAUACAGCUAUACUAAUGACUACCAUAAUUUUUACAUUUAAGUUUCUUUUUCUUAAGUAUUCUUUAUUUUAUAGACUUUGUGAUGAAUUUGUGAUAAAAUUAUUUUGAUUUUAUCUGGUUUUGUUAUCGUUUUAAAAAUUCCAUGUAGAUACAGAGAACAGACGUGUUGCGGCUCUCUAAAAACUUGGAGAAUCUGUUUACUUAAUAUUUGCUCAUCUCACUCGAUAGUCUGCUGACCCCUGGACUAUACUAAUAGUUAUAUUAAAUAAUGCAUGCAUAAACUUAUUAAUACAGAUAACAUUUUAUGUACAUAAUGGAAAAUAAUUUAAAAAUAUAUUUUAUAUUUUAAGUUCACACUAAAAUAUAAAGUUAUGAAUUUAAAAAAAUCCAUAACACUAAGACCAAUUAAAAUUGACAGUGUAAAUAUAGUAAACAAGGUGCAGUGGAAACUUAUUAAUUCAGUAUUCUUUGGUUCAGUACAUUUUGUAAUCUGGCACUGAUCGAGCCACACUACUCAUACUGCCACUUGCUUGGAAGGCAGGUGCAUGCGGCAUUACCGCACAAUGCGCUCCUUUGUUCAACACUUACUCCUUUCUUUUCCACAUUAGCUGUUGGCAGUCGUACUCGCUUAUCUAUUCCUUCCAAUCCCACUUGUAAGGCUAUUCGAGUUGCAGGUAACUGCUCAGUCUGUUUGUGCCGGAUGACGGGAAUAGAAGUCAGUUUCCGAAACGUUGUUUUGUCAUAGGAAACCUACUGUGUUCGUCAGUGUUUUCAUCGUUAUGCUGUCCACAAUAUCUGUUUAUCUUCAUCUUUGUGUUUGUAUAUUUGUUGCGCUGUCUAGGUUUUGUUGUCUGACUGCAUUUACUGUUAUUUUUUAAACUGUCUUGUCGUUAGUCCACUGUGUUCAUCUGUGCUGUUAUUUUUUUCAUGAAAUAAUUCCUUCCACAGAAUUCUUGUGCUGUCUGAUAUAUAAGUUUGAAUGUGUUUGUCUGUGCUGUUGUCGUUGUGUUUUCCAUAAUACCUGUUUAAGUUCAUCGUUAGGUUUAUCUGUUUGACAUCUGCUGAUUAGGUUUGUUUUCUGUAGGUUUAUGUUUUCAUUUUUAUUUCUUAUUUUGAAUUUAUGCAUUUUUGCCAUGACAAGCAGUGCAAAACUGUAGUGGCGUAAGUCCAAGAAAUUGUUUUAAAUCAAUAUUUCCCAUUGCAUGAAUCAUGUAAUGAACAUAACUGCUUAGUGCAUACUCAGAUACUUUGCACACGCAAAGUUUGUAGAGCACAGUUCAGUUUAUGCUGAUUUUUGAUACUUUAGAAACUUUAUUGUAAAAAUCCCUGGAAAAUAAACUUAGCAUGUGUAUCACUUUACUCAGUGAUGAACGUGAGACUUUUAGCAAAAAUGAGACAUUAAAUAUCCCAUAUUCUAGUAACCAGUGUUCUAAAAAUUUUGUCACUAGCAAAAUUAUUUUAUAUUUUGAUAUUAAAACUUUUUAUCUUCUUGCAAUGUGCUACUAGAAAUGUGUUUCGCACUGGCCAUUUCUUGAAAGGUGUGCAUCAUUCCUUAUUUUUUUUAUAUUGGUCACAGUUAAAGGUCACAUUAGUCUUUUUAUGGCAUUUUAUUUCUUUAAAAUCUUCAAAAUAGGAAGUAUAUGAUGAGGGUGGUGUUUGUGGGGGAAUAUAUAUGUUACCAAUAAUUAUGUGAUUAGUUAUAGAGGUUUUUAUUUAAUCCAAACAGCUUCAAAUCCCAGGUGGUCGAAUUUAUUAGUUGGGAAAACAUUUUUAAAUUUAUGAUUAUUUACUGUGAUCAAAACACCUCCACCUCAUUUGAUUAAAGUAAGUGAGGGUCUCUGUCUGUUUUAAAUAUAUAAUAGUUGUCAUUAAAGUAGUCAGAUCUUAUACUAUCGUUUGUAAACCAUUUCUUUAUGAAACAUAUGAUGUCAUUAUCUUGAUUUGAUAGAUUCUCAAAAGAUUAAAUGACUUUGUUACUUAAUCCUGUUACGUUUUGGUCAAAUAUAUCCCACUAGCAAAAACGAGACACAGGCAUGUGAGACGUGGGUUAAGGUAGUCCUCCUGGCACCUUUGUUUAAGGAGGCAUUUCAUUAUGAGAGAUGCAGAAUUGCUGGUUGAUUCUUGAACUACGUGACUGUUGUCCGUGUUGUCAAACAUUUGAUCUUGAUGUAGUUUUCCAUAAAAAGGACUUACUAGGCAGCCGCUUGGCCGUAAAAUGGUACUGUGAAUUCUGUCCAAGUCUUUUUCUAAUACCAAGAUGUAACUACAGUCGAACCCCGAUUAUCCGCGACUUGAUCAUCCGAUUCGCGGAUUAACCGCGAUUUAUGUCCAUCAAGUCCAAUUUUUUAGUUACAUAUAACCAAUGAUUCAAAAUGUAUGUAAAUGUUAAAAUACUUUGCAAAAUGUAUGUUGGUCAAAGUACUUUGACUCAGUUAUGUUUAUAUACACAGAAAGUUUAAAAAAAAAUACUAGUACAUACAUACGUAUGUACAUAAUAUUUUUGUGUUCCAUGUUACGUGAAUAGAUUAUACACUGGUGCGCGAUUCCACGUCCGCAUGACCGGACUGUACACUCCCGCGCGCAGCACGGCGCCGUGCCUCAGAGAUUACCCGGCGCAUGGAGACAGUCCAUUAGUGUACGUUGUUGAAGCUUGAAGGUGGUGAUAAUUUUAUGUAUUGUAACAGUGAUCUGCAUUCCGACGGAUUAUACCGUUGUGUUGUGCGGAAGUGUUGAGCGCAACAUUUCAUCAUGUCAUCAAAUGAACAGAAAAGAAAGCGAGUGGUACUGUCCAUCGACAGCAAAACAAAAAUUAUAGAAAGAUUUCAGAGUGGAAAAACGAUUGCAAACUUGCGACUGAGUUUAAUGUCGGUAACACAACAGUGCGCGACAUCAUAAAAAAUCGCGAAAAAAUCCUUCAGUUUGCUUCACAGGCUGACACUUCAAGUGGAUUAAAUAAACGCAAGACGAUGAACGAAUCCACAUUUAGCAGCUUGGACACUUGUUUGUUUGAAUGGUUUCAACAGAAAAGGUCGGAGGGUAUAGCAUUGAGUGGCGUAAUUUUAUCACAGCAGAUGUAAAUAUUUUAAAAAAACUAGGCUUGACAGAAGAACCAUUUUCCUGUUAUAUUACUUCUCCGUUAUUUUAUGAGCACCGACUGUACGGAAGUGUGUGUGUUGCAACUAGUGCUUGGCACGCAAGAUAAAUUCAGCCUAUCACUUGCUGACGCGGCGCAGUGAUACAACGGUGUUUGUUUAUUUCAAAACUCAGCUAAGAGUGAACGGAGAAUAGAUACAACGACCCCUCACGGUUCCCGAGAUUAGGGUCGUUAUAGAGAGGUGGUCGUUAUAAGAUUUCCGACCCAUCUGCAACACUAAGUCAUAAUAGGCCGUUUUUGCACUAAUUCCACGUUCAGCAAGCUAAAAAUAAAAAAUCUAACAUUUAAAAUUCAUAUAAAUAAAGGGGGAUAAAAACACCGUGAAUUAUACGAGACAGAGACACCGUUUCAAAACCAUCAAAUCAAGUCUCAAUGCACUGGUAUGAAAAAUCUUAUCUCGAAAAGAAUUUUGAAGGCAGUCGUUCUGUAAAACAAUAACCAGCCCGAUGGUGUUACUGACAACAGAGCAAUGAGCUAAGUGUGGCAGCGUUGCUUACGGGCGAUGAAAAGAAUGCAUGACCUUGGCAGCUAUCAGCUGUCUUGGGCCCUCUGACUGGCGGGCGGCUAGUCACACACCUCGGUGCAACGACUCGCAUGCCCACGUCUCCGCACACGAAAGACUUAAAAACCACUACUGCCCAGCACUAAGCAGUCCGCUUCUAUGUCAACAACGCACACGCACACAAAGAAUGUGUAUAUAUGUAAUCUCAGAAUGUCCACAGAUGGCUGUCUGUGGGCUAAUGACCUUUGAGGCAAGCAUGACUCGGCUAACCGCGAUUUUCGAUUAUCCGACUCACUCGCCCCCUUCAUUAACACGGAUAAUCGGGGUUCUACUUAUUAUACUUGAGUGAAGUUUUACCACUUUUACUUGAGAAAGAUUCAGCUCAUAGGUAAUAUAAUCCACUAUUUCUCUCUCUUGCACAGACAUGUCAAAGCAAAUUAUCACAACUCAGAUCGGCCCAGAUAAAAGAUGACCUGACUUGCAACAUUCAUAAACACUUCAAAAAUAAUAAAUGAAUAUGUUCAUUGAAUAAUGGUUAAGUAUGUACUUGGUAAUGCAGUGUUUACUGAAGAAAAAUAGUUAGCAGAACUUUUACUUAGAUUUAUUUUUUAGAUCUCCACAAAGAAAAACAUAGUCUGCCAUUACACAAUGUUGAAAACAUGCCCUCACAGUUUUCAUAACACACAAACAAAAUUUCACUGCUUGAAAGUGUGAAUGUUUAUUAAUUUUGAUGUUGUCCAAAAGUUCUUAAGUACAAUUACACAUUUUACAUCUCCCAGAUAAGUCCCGAAGUUGCUUAGCAUCGACAGUACAGGCCAAGGACAAAGGUGUCUUUGGGAUGGCGGCUAAAUCACUAAAGCCCCAUCAUGGGCUGAUUGCCGACAACUGUGGUCAAUGAAAGUUCAGAAUAAAUGUAUGAAAUGAGUUUGGUUACCGGCGCAGCCCAGACCACAGCCAUAAAAUUUUUUCCUUGGUACUUUUUAAUUAAUAGUUUCAGCCCCUGCCAAAUGUGACUUAUACAGGCAACAUUGAGCAGAGAACUGGCGGGAUAUAGGCCUUAAAACCAAAUUUUGAGUAAAUAACAUACCAGAAAAAUGUAUUUCCACUUAUAAUAACUUAAUAAGAAAAAUGAGAACCGUACAAAUACAGUUAAACUGCUUUUCUAAAUGAAACAUCCUGACACAAAAAUUAUUCACAAGAAUAUUACUAAUAAUAAAAUGCAAGUAUAAAAACUCAUCCACUAUAACCAUGAAACCAUAUAAUCAGCUGAUUCCUCUGAAAGAAUAAAACCUCAUAUUAAUUCCUCAAAAAUUAUUUUGAAAUCUGGGAAAGGCUGGUUCUUGCAAUGUUGCAGAAUGAAAAAGAGAGCUUUUAUUUUUCGAUGGAUCGGUUUAGCAACAGUUUUUAAAGAGUAAAUAUUUCUGAUUCCAAUUUGUAUUGGAUUUUUUUUCCUUUCAUUCAACUAUGUUUCCAGAUCUGAUUCAAUUUGGUCUUGGGCUUGCAAGAAUAUUGGACAAUGGUGAACCCUUGUUCAUCAGUUUGCUGGUUGUUACGGGUAUUCGUACUGUUGUUGACUUCUCGGAAUUCUCGCUGAGUCGUAAGUGGGUCAGCUGUCCGUUCAACCUGGGAGGCGACAGAUGUGGCAACAUUCCUUGCUGCCUGUUCAGCCUUACCAUUCGUCUUACCUUUCAUGACAACUUCACUAAAGGAUAUUUAUUUUCUUUUUGAAUAGUCAAUUCUUGUUUAAUUUGAAUUAAUUCAUUUUUAAAAAUCAUCUACUUUAUUGCUCAAUAAUUUCAUGAGAUCAGUCGUAUCAUUUACUGUACUUGAGUCCACGGUAACAGGCACAGAAAUGUCCUUAAUGAAUUUUUUACCCUUUGCAAAGUACUUUAAACAAAAGUACGUGCUAUUGUUAAUAUCUUCGUCUGUCAAAAGUUAAAUAGUUAAUACUUCUUUCUCGUGGGGCUUCGAAAACCCAAUAAAUUCGUGAAUUUUUUUUAGUGAGGCGUUAAUUAUAUCACUUUAUAUAUUGAAUACCAAUUUUUAUUGCUACCGAUGCAGGAGCGCGCAAAUAGAGCAUCCGACCCCUACAGAUAGGGUUCAAAACACUAAUGGCAUUUUAUUGAUAUUCAAACCUCUGUGUGGCACUGAUGAACAACAGGGUGAAAUGAGUGAAAGUUUUUCUCUUUUUCAGUGUGCAUAACUAUUUAAAUGUUCAUAUAAUGCUAUAACAAAUUAAUUUUGGUCUUAUAAUGUUUUUAAAAAUAAAUAGUAGGUAAUUUUAUGCUUGUUGCGCAUGCUAAAGAUUUUUUCGGAUUUAAAAAAAAAUACUUUAGUUCAUAUUCCAUGGAGUACAAUGGAGCUGAAGCUACUCGCUCGACUAGUCUCAAAUUUUUUAGUUUUAGGAUAUCUUUAGUAAUUUGGACAUGAACAGGGAAGUGCUAAGGUAACAUCAGCACACAUCAAGAGUUCAGUCCUGUCUUGCCCUGAAUUUAAUUUCACUUUAAAAAUGUACUUGCAGACUCUCUCUCGAGAGUAAACCCUUUUACCUCUAGAACUUAGUUUUAAUUAGGAAUAUUCAAAAGGCCAUUGUGUUGCAGACCAGGUUUUGGCUACUUAAAAGGGGGUCAAAUUAAUAUUUAACUAAGUGCAAAAUCUCUUAAAAAUAGGCAACCCACAUAGUAUGGAGUUUUUUUUUUUACGCGAAAACAGGUUUUGAAUUUUUUCAGUGGUUUCCUAUAGAAACAUGUAGGUAUUACGUACACCCAUAUCACAAUUUCAUGUGAGGUAAGCGAACCCCUUAAAUGGAAAAUGGUAUCUAGAGGUUCACCCAUAAAGAAUUAUUUUUUGUCGAUAUAGUCAUUUUGAUUUUAUAUAUUUAAAGUGUUUUGGUGCUCAGACAUUUUUAAAUAUCACCAUUUUACCCACAGAAAUAUAAAUUUGGGGAAAUUUUGAAAAGAGGUUACAAACUUUGUUGGUAUUUAAAAUUGAAAAAAUAUAUGAAUAUGUAAAUAAUAUUUGAAGAAAGAAUUUUGGAAGAUUGAUACUAUUCAAAUAGUCAUUUCAUUAGUGGUAUCUUAAAGUUGUGGUCAAAUUCACUGGUGGAUCAGAGGAGUGACCCACGGCUGCGUAUCCUCCGCCUUCCCCAAUAUCUGAAUCGUAUUUCCAUACUAAACUACUGUAUAAUUUCACCACAGUGCUGUAGAUAAUACGAUGUUGUUGAACAAUGAAUAAAAUGCAAACUACUAACUAACGCACACGCAAAUUAUAUUUACUGCAAGAAAGUAGGCCACUAGAGCCACCUGUGAAGUGUUAGGCAAAAGCACUGUCCACCAAGAACUGCAGUCAGUGCUGCUCCGGUAUAUGACUAUAUACUGCUCUGGUUCUCGUGACUGUUUUAUUUCAUUUUUGAGAGCGUUUCUGCGGUACUGAAAAAAUAUAAAAUAAAUCCCCCCCCCCCCCCCCCCCCUCGCAGUUAUUACUUGCGGCAUAAUAUCAGAAUGCAUAAAGUAUGUAACUAAAGCAGAGUUAGAAGUGGCUAUUGAUUCACUGGCCUCCCAUCAAGUAUGGUGUUGCAGUACACAUGCAAGGAUGGGUUAAAGAGGACUUUAUUGGUUUUAUUGAUACUUUAGACAAUCUUGAAAGAGUGCAGUUUGAGACUUGAGCAGCAGAAGCAAAACAGUAAGGAAGAAAUCAUUUCAGAACUAACAAAAUAAGCACAGAUGACUGAAAAUAGCUUUCAAUCAGCAAGUCCGUUUCAAAGGAUGAGUUUCUUAGCCCUUCAAAAACCAAAAGCAUGGCUGUGGUCUAGCAUUUCAGAUUGGCUUAUAGGUGUUGUACUUAUAUAGAUAUUUUUAAAAUUAAAUUCAGUAUAUUUUUGGAAUUCAGUACGAAUCAGCGAUAAGUAAAUAAAACAUUAAUAGAUUCAUUAAAAAAAAUUUUAAAAAUUACCCAAAAUUUAUUAUGUUCAUGAUGGUAUCAAGCAUAAAAAAAAACAGUUUCAAAAUUUGAAAAUAAAAAAUGUUGACCCUAUGGAACACCCUUAAAAAAACUUCCCACCUUUACAUGUAAAGUAACCGUGUAAAUAUGUCUUUGAAUUUAUUAGGUUGUUAUUUGAAAUUGUACAAAAAAAUAGUUUAUAGAUAUUUUUAUGUGAUGUAAAUUAUUUAAGUGUGACACUUAGUGCAUUUAUUCAUGUUGGAAAAAUAUUGAACAAAAUUUUUGUUGUAACUCUUAUAUAACAUUAGUCCAUAUUACUUUUUGUUUGUCUGCUAAAAAUUGAUGGUUUGGUAAAGUUUCUUUUGUUUAUGUAACAUACAUUUUUAUUCAUAAUAGCAUUUAAACUUUUGUAUUAACAAGGAAUAAAUCUAAUUGUGGUACCCUACCAUUAAUAUAUUCUGUGUGUUUAAGGUUGUCUGUAAACUUGCUGUUAUUGAAUAAGGGUAGCUUUCUUUGCUCAUAGUUCAUGUCCUAGACAUGCAACUUGACGAUAUAGAUUUGUUUCCAAUUUGUGUUUACUCGUUUUACUUUUUAAAAGGGUCAAUUCAUAGUGUUUAUUCGUAGAUAGAAGAAAGCAGGCCAGAGUGAGACACAAAAUAUCUUAUUUGAAAUCCCUGUUUAAUUUUCUGCUUUUAAAGACAUUUUUAUGUAUCAAAAUAUUGCUUCAUCAAUGCUCUUUACUAUUGAAAAAUAUAAAUUCCUGUUUGCUGUGUACUAAUUUUCAGAAAAUUAAAUUUUUCAUUAUGCAACAAAUGUUUCACUGUACUCCAUACAUGUUCCACAGGGAGACAGAUAAUGUUUGACAGUGACAAAAAAAGCCGAAAAUUUAAAGAACAGGUUUUUGAAAAGUAUAAACAUUUGAACAAAUAUCAGAAAAAAAUUACACAACAUUCAGUUGUCCAAAAUCUACACAAAAUUUGAAAUAUGACUUCUGUUGUUUGGUUUUACCAUGUUCAGAAGAGGCAAUAAUGUCUAACGUCUUUUGCAGAAAAUCAUGCAACGUCUGGAACAUCUGGGUGAAAAAACUUCUCCCCCAUAUAUUUACUCUUUCUCAUGAACUUUACUUCAUAGUCUCCAAUGUCAUAGAUCGUAGCACCUCCCCAAUGUAACAUCUGGUGCAUUUUCGUGAAAGCUCAACCAGGACGAAGUCAUUUCCUUUGGGUUUCCUAGCAAGUUGGUCGUAUGACAGAAGUUCUAUUUCUUCGUUGUCUGAUAAAAUUCCUGAUUCAGACAAUGUUUGGUCUUCCUUUGAAAUCCUAAUGAAUCACUGUGAUGUAAGCUCAGACUUUUUCUGCUUGAACAGAACUUUCUUGCAGUUUCUUUUCUGUUGACUGAAAAGCAAGUUUGUUCUUUUGAGGUGUGUUGGUCAGUAUAAAAGAUUUUCCUUUUUACCUCUUAGGACCAGCCUCCAUUUUAUACAGAAUUUUCACCUCCAAUUGUCUUCAUUGAAUUGUCACUGGGAUUGACAUCGCAAGGUCUCUUAGCUUCUGGUGCAGGACUGAUUUCUCCAUCAGUCACAUCACUUACCAGGAAACCUCUGAAAAUAUAUUCCUUUUAAAAGGGAAAACCCCUAUUUUGCAGAAUCUGGAUGUAUAAUUAAAUUAACUAUUUUAAUUAAUGUGUGUCACUUAAGACUUGUUAUCAGCACUUCAGUUAAUAUAAAAUUGGAACUUGUCCACCAUCUUUGCUGCCGAUCGUCUCAUCUCACAGAAAAUAAGAUGAAAACAAAACAGGCUGCACACACUGGCAGUUGCUCUAACGUAAGUGUGAAGUAAACCAGUGCAGGAUCACAGCAAUAGUACAAGUACUUGAUGUUCUUCCAUAUGUUACUUUUUAACCUUGUGGAAGUUUGUUUCUCUACAAUUUUCAUGACCAGCAUGAGUCAUCAUAUUGCCAUGUUACAUGCAUCCGAAACAAUUAGUCCAGUUUAUUUGGGUAUUAUUCUAUGAAUUAAACCUGUGACUUAAUGUUUGCAAGCAUAUUGCACUACCAAUUUUUUGAGUAAAAUAAGCAGUUCAUUUUUUUUAUAUAUAUUUUGAUCUAGAAAGACGUAAUAAAAAUAGUUUUGUACAGAACUGAAAUAUAUGUAGGCAUUGUAUAUAUUAAUAUUUAGUUUACAAAUAUUUAGAAUGUAAAUGCAGUAAAACCUCGCUUGUACGGCCCCCGGAUCGUACGCACACCUCGGUCGUAUGUACAGAUAUUCAGAAACCGUGAAAAAUGAGGCAAAAAAUAAAAAAAAAUAUAUAUGAAAAGUGUAAGAAAUACGUUAACAUUUAUUAAAAUACAGUUGCAACCAGCAGCCUUUAUAACAAAUACGGGCUACAUACACAUUGCUUCACAGUAAAAAAUUUAAAAAUAAAAGGCCGCAAAUUGAUGGAAAUUUACCGUCAAUAGCGCGCCGUACGCGGAGAAAGGUCAUUGUACUCGGUCAGCUGCUAUUACGGCGCGGCGUAGUUGCCGGCUGGCUCUCUUUGUUCUCUGAGCUGCGCAUGCGCAGUAUAACUCACUCUAUGCUCCGCCCAGACUCAUGACCUUCCAUCAGGAGCUAGCCAAUAGAAGCGAGCGUAACUGAAAAAAACAAAAGCUCCACCGCCCGUGUUCCAGUUUUGUCCAGUUCUAAUACCAGUUUAUUGGUACACGCACCAGUUUUCUCGCUGCUGUGACAUGUUCAAAUUUACAUUCAUCUUGAUGUUUUGAUACCAAUGAUUAAUUAUUUACAAUCCGCAAAUAAAAGGUUAGUUAAAAAAUAUGUGUCAACUGUGUACUACUUCUUAAAUUAUAAAAUACGUAUAAAACAGUUACAAGACUCCGCUCAUUUUAUUUUGUGAAGAUUAUGUCUCAUACGUACCAGUAUUUCGGCUAAGUUAUCAGAACUUACAAGCAGCCACGUAGUAUUCCCGUUACGUUUAUACAUUGGUGAGUUUACAUUUUUCCCUCGUGCAUUUUAGAUUGUCUCGUGCUAUAAUUACUCGGUCUUAUUGCUACUCUUAACUGGCUACAAUUUGGAUUUUGGUUGGAUUACUUUGGAUUUCUUUUUCUUGAUGACGUGGCAACGAAUUUUACCUGGAUUUAGAUUUUUUGUUUCAUUACUUGGAUUUAUUUUGCUUCGGUUUUUGAAGACCUUCGCUACUUUUUGGACACACAUUUCGUACAUCAUGAGUGGAAGCAAGAGGAAAGCUAUUACGCUUAUGGAAAAAUAGGAAAUAAUUAAAGAGAUGGACGCUGGAACACGCUCGCAAGCGGAGAUAGCGCAAAAGCAUGGAAUGGCGCGGUCAACGAUCAAUACAAUCCUGCACAACAAGAAAGCCAUUGUAAAAGCAGUACAACAGGACGGUCACAACGUGACUGCCAAAACAUUGAAAUGUGCAACCCACGAAGCCCUGGAGGAGGCUGUGUUUGAGUGGUUUAGCCAGCUCAGAGCACAAGACGUGCCUGUUAGCGGGCCAAUGAUAGUACAGAAGGCUAAUACAUUCGCCCUGCAGUUGCAUGUAGAUAACUUCAAGUGCUCGCAAGGCUGGCUGGAACGAUUUAAAAAACGGUUCAACAUUUCCCACUAUAAAAUAUCAGGUGAAAGUGGUUCAGUUAACCAGGCAUCAGUGACUGAAUGGCUGCCAGCACUCAGCAACAUCUUAAAGAGAUACAAGCCUUGCGACGUUUACAAUGCAGACGAGACUGGCAUGUUUUACAAUCCCUGACCAGAUCGCACUCUUUUUGUUAAAGGAGAUGCAUGCA